CAAACAUAGCGCACUUUACAAAAACUGAUAUAUUGGGAUGUAUCAAUUUCAAGAAUAGUUACGGAAUUAGCCGCAAAGUUAUUCAAAUGAAGCUGUCUGGAUCUAAUAUUGCUUCAGCUACUGAUAUUCGUCACUCUUCACGUGUUAAUUAUAGUCCGGGUACAGGUGAAUACAUUGGUUUAACAAAGCAAUGGGUUAACCAUGUUCCUCUUCAUAAGUCACGAAAUAUAAAUUCUGGAACUGGCCUCAUUCAGAUCUACGACGAGGUGCCUCAAAAAGGAGAGCCGAAUUAUGGCAAUUGUCUUCCGAGUAAAGUAGUCCCAAGCAAAAAUAUUGUACAUACAAAUACCACUCAGAAUGUUCAUGGAAAAUUCAAAAGUACUUCUCAUGAACAAAUUAAUUCACAAUUACCAAUAAAAACAAAACAUUCACAUAUAAAAAAUCAUCGAAAUAUUAAAAAUAAUGAAAAUAAUUAUCAAUGGGUUAUUAAUCCAAUUCAUAAGAAAUCACAACAUGAACUAGAUCAAAUUCCAAUAAUCAAUAAUAAUAAUAAUAUCAGUUAUCAUGAUUAUUCUUUAAAUCGAUUAAAUAUUGAAAAGCAUAAAUCUCGAUCAAAAUCAAAAAUUUUAGAGAAAAGUGAAACAUUAGACAUGGAAACUAGUAAGGAUAUAUUUGCUAGAUCAGUUUCUGCGCAUCCAAUUCUAAUGAAUACACCACAAUUACCACCAAAAAUUUAUAAAAGUGUAAGAACAAAGUAUUACCAGCCGGAUGCUUAUCAAACGAUUACUAAUCAAUCAAAAUUAUCACUUGUCAAUUCAAGGGAACACACUUCACCUUUGUACAGUUCAAAUAAUCCUAUAAUUUCAAACAAAAUAUCUUCACAAAUGGAAGUCAAUCAGAUUGAUCACAGUUCGUCUAUCAGUAAUUCUCAUUCAUACGGUAAAGAUAUAAAUUUAAUCAAUGAUACAAAUCGUAAUAAUUCCGAUCAAACUAUUUCACAUUAUUGCGCUCGUCGUAGACAUUGUCGCGUAAGAAAACACAAGGCAUUGGAUGGUAAUGAUAAACGAAAUUUCGACGUAAAGUCAAUGAAAAGUUCUACAUCCGAUAAAACACAUAGUAAUAAACUACGUAACGAUACAACUUCUAAUACAUCAUCCGGCUUUAGCAGUCAUAAUCUUAAUUCUAUUGGAGUUAAUUCAACUGAUAACUUAAACUCAGUUUAUGAUAUUUCUAUAAAUCAAACAAUUAAUUCACAUGAAAAUAUUAAUUUUGAGGACAAACAAUCAGGAUAUUAUAAUACUCCUAGAAAUUUAAAUGAAACGAAAAAGUUAAAAAUAAACAGUCAGAAAUUUCCUACUCUAUCAAAUCAAAUGGAUAGUAUACCACAAAAUAUCAAUAUGUCAGGAACAUCAUCUAAAAUUAAAUAUCCAAUUUCAAAUGUAACUAUAAAAAAGUCACCUACUGAUAUUCAAUUAUCUAAUCCAUACACCAGAGAGAGAUUAAAUGAACAUCAAUCCAGAUCACAAUAUCCUAUUCAAAUAUAUUUUGAAAAUAACAAUACUACAAAUAAUAAUAGUGUUAUUCAUCAUAUUAAACAUGACAGAAAUGAGAAUGUAGAUAAUUUAUUGAAUAAUGAUUAUGGAUGUGUGGAUAUAUUACCUGGUACAAAUAGAAAAGCUUUACGACGAUCAAAUAGCUCCAGUAAUGCUUUAACUUUUCAUCCGCAACAGUUAACUGUCAACAGAGUUAACAAUGAACAUGAUGAUUAUUGUUUUACAGGUACACUACUAACAAAACAUUCACAAAUUCCACCAUUAGCAUUUAAGCAGGGAACUAAUAAUAAUGAGAUUAUCACAAAAAUCAAUCAUAAUAACAUUGUCAUUAAUAACGAUCAUAAUUUUAGUAAUGAUGGUGGAGUUGAUACAAAAGCAUUUUAUUCAAAAUUAGAUAUUCAUCGAUUGAGAAAUAAUGCUCUGUCACCAACCAAACAAUAUCCAUUGAAUCGAUCAAAUUUUCUUGUACAUCCAACCGUAAAUCAACAGUUUAUUGAGCCAUUUCAAUCGAACAAAAUGAUUAAUACUGUAAUUAAUGAAAAUACAUUCUGUUUAUUAAACGCUGAAGAGUUUCGUAAUGAACUUGCAAAAAUUGUAACACCAGGUGAUCCAAGAGCUGAUUUACAUGAAAUAUGUCGAAUCGGUAAAGGCAGUACUGGUGUUGUUUAUUUAAUGCGUCAUUCACCUACUAAACAAUAUGUUGCUGUCAAAAAAAUGAAUAUAUUUAAACAACAAAGGCGUGAAUUACUUUUUAAUGAAGUAAUUAUUAUGCAGAGUUACCCGCAUCCAAAUAUUGUUGAAAUGUUUGGGUCCUAUUUAAUUGGUAAUGAAUUAUGGGUAGCCAUGGAAUAUUUAGAAGGUGGUGCACUAACCAAUAUUGUUACACGGACAUUAAUGUCUGAGAAACAAAUAGCCACCAUCUGUCGUGACGUACUUCGAGCGUUGGCGUUUCUGCAUGACCAUGGUAUCAUACAUAGAGAUAUCAAAUCCGAUUCUAUUUUAUUGUCAAUCAAUGGACGUGUAAAGCUUUCAGACUUUGGAUUUUGUGCAAGAGUCUCUCCUGAUCAUCCUCGAAGGCGUAGUCUUGUAGGAACGCCGUAUUGGAUGUCCCCUGAGGUGAUCAGUCGCUUACCUUAUAGCACAUCUGUUGAUGUAUGGUCAAUGGGUGUCUUAUUAAUUGAAAUGGUUGACGGCGAACCAACAUUUUUUAACGAACCACCAUUACGAGCGAUGAGAAAUAUUCAAAGAGAUGCUAUUCCCCAUUUAAUGUAUCCUCACAAAUCAUCUAGGAAACUCAAUUCAUUUCUCGGACUAAUGUUAGUUCGUGAUCCUUUCAGAAGAGCAACAGCUGCUCAACUUUUACUACAUCCAUUUCUAUUAUUAGCCGGUUCCAGUGAUUGUCUUCUACCAUUAUUAUAUCAGUCGAAUAUUGUCUCAUGAGAUUAGACAUAAUGUAUAUGAAUCCAGUUGGAAACAUUUGGAUACAACGCAAUAAUUAAAUCAAUAUAGCUCAUUCUCAAUCAAAUGAUGACUUUACAUGAAUCAAUAACAAGGAAUAAAAUCCCAACUUUCUUUUCCUCUUCUUUUUGAUCAUUGUGAAAUUAACACACACUAUACUCAUUCUACAAUGAUGAGCAUACACAGAAUAAAUAAAAUUUAAAUUGAAAUUUAUUCACUUUUGUAAACCAAUUUCUAUAUUCUUUCAAUUAUGAGUUCACAUAUUGUCACUUUCACAAGUUCUCCUAAAUAAAAUAAUAAAUAUCAAUGUCAAAUUAUAAAGAAUCUGUGUCUGUCUUAUUUCUAUCUUUUUAAAUGUAAAUGACACAGUUAUCUCAGAUGAACAAAAGAUUCUGUACAAAAUAUACACACUGUAAUAGACCACAUUGUAUUAACAAAAAGACUUGGCAUUUUUAUGUGAUAUUAACAAUUAACUACUGUCUAACAAUAAUUUACUUUCUCUUUUUAAAAAAAACAUAAUAAUAAAAGAAGAAUACAAAACGUGUUACAAUGGUAACCAGUCUUUCAUGAUAUUUAAUGGUUUAGUUAUUUUGUUUCUUUUAUAUAGAGUUUAUCAUUUCUUACACACAUAUACAUACACACACACAUCUAUUAUGUUUAUCUCUCCGUUCACCUAAUACAUAAUUGCAACAUAGAAAGAAUUUUGAAUUUAUUUUGAAAAGAAUGUUUUUUUUCUGUUUCUUCAUUGUUUCUAUGUGUGUCGAUUAGUUGUGGAAAUUCGGCCGAUGAAAUAACUUUAUCACAAUCGUUUCUUCUUUUGUUCGUUUUAGUUUACGGUUAAGUGUUCGUAUGAUUUUUCAAACCAUCUAAAAGAAAGAAAGAAUGAUUUGCUACAUUUUUUUGUAUAAAAUUUAUAUCACCAUCAUAAAUACAUACACAAUAUUUUUUUUGUUAUUGUACAUAGUUACCAUGUAUAAUUGAAUAUAUUCAGAUUGUUGUCUAAAAUCAUUUUACUCUUUUAUGUGUUGUUUUGUUUAUCUCUUUUUUUCUUUCUUAAAUUUUCUUUUUUUUCUCUAAAAUGCUUCCUUAUUAAUUAGGGCACUUUGAAUAUGUAAGUUAUGAUGUGAUAAAAAGAAAAUGAAAAGUCUAUUUAAUUUACUUUAUAAAAAAGAAAUCAGAUUUUCUUAUUUUUCAAUACCAUAAAAGUAGGCUUAUCAUAAAGUUUACUGAAGUGUUAACUGUCAUCUCUUAAAAUCUAAAUAGAGAAGUUUAAUGGUGUUGAAAAUAUACUUGUCCACUCAGCAUUCUUAUUAAAUUUAUAUUUUGAUUUGAUUGAUAAGAUUUACGAAAAGUUAUUUAUUUUCGAAUAUUUUCUACAAUUUUUCAAAAUUGUACAGUCAACUAGUGUCCUCCAGUUAACUAUUAACUUCAUAUACUUUGGCUUGAAAUAGAACUUUAUUGUAUUACCAGAUUCUUGUUUAUUCAUGAAUUUCAUUAUGAAAAACGUUUGAAGGUUAUUUAGAAAGCCGAAUACAUUAAUUAUUUACUCGUUGACACAGAGCUUCGUGAACGACGAUAAAAAAUGUGUAUGUAUGGGACGCCCAGCAUAAAAUUAAACAGAUUUGACGAUAUG